AUGGACAGGAGGGACUCUAAAGAACGGUUGAAGAAGCUCGAAUCACAAGUCAGUCAGAUCUACGACGUCAUACAUCAGUGGACAAAGUUAAAAUUGCGCAGUCCUGAACCACCUUCAGACGUCCUGGACCAUUUCGUCGGGGUGUACAACACCGAAAUUGCCAUCAAACCAUUGCCUCUAUUCAAGAUUGAAGGUCUUUGUAGCCGGAUUCAGAUGUGUUCUCAGCCUCUCCGGCGAAGCUUCCUGGCACUGACAUUGCAGUUCUCCAGUCACCCGUUCUUUCGGGGGAGAGACGUUGAAUGCGCCGAACUUUACGCUAGCUCUGCAUAUGCAGACCUCGUGCCGAUAGCACUGGAGGGGCCGACAGACCUGGAUGUGGUCCAAUCUCUUUGUCUAUUGGUACUGCAUGAUCUUAAAGUCCUCAAGACCGCGAGGGCAUGGGGAACAAUCGGUCUUGCUGCCCGACUUGAGGCAAGCUUCAGCUGGAACCGGCGGGAAGUUGUCGACGGAUUUCACAGUACCGAGAAUGAAAGUAGCGGCUGCUUCUGGAGCGUUUACAUUCUUGAGAAAUGCUUUUCUGCACAAUGCUCGAUACUGGAUCGCUGUGUCAUCCAACCAAGAUAUCCCGACAAUACAUCUCCUUCGCUGUUAGCAAACACGAAAGAGAAAAUUGAUCGGGUUUCCGGGAUCACUUCGUCGUUUUUGCACGCUGUUUCCAUCUGGGGUGAUGUUAUGUCCUAUGUUCAUGGCAUCCGAUGCCGCAAACCAGAGCGGCCGUGGUUACCUACAUCACGGUACACGGAGCUCACUCAGCAAAUGUACGUGUUUGAGGAUCAAACGGCCCUAGAUCAUCUCUUCAAAAAUGCGGGAUUCCUGGAUCAGACCGUAGAUACAAUUUCGGAAAACAUCAAAUACUGGCGGCCCUGGAUUCUUAUGCAACUGACCACCCACGCUACAUCAGCAGUUCUGAGCCACCCAUUCAUCCACAUUGCCGGCCUCCGCGACAUGAACCAUCGCCAGCCCCCAAGGUUGUUCAUGCAAAGCGUCAUUGACCAAGCACAGUAUCACGCCCGAUGGGUCAGCCGUCUAGCCCAGAUGUGUGAGGCUCUGCGGUUUGAUGUUCAUGACCCUCUAUCGGGAACACUAGUUGCUGCGACGGCCACUGUCGCUUGGGUGUUCAGGUCUGCACCUGACAAGGCAGCUGCAUCAAAGGCGGACGAGUGCUUCAAUAUCUGCGAAUCAUUUGUAAAGACAGCAGCUAUGAAGUGGCCCCAUAUGGAACGAAAGGUCAAACUGCUGGAGUAUCUUCGAGGCGUCUCGGGACAAACCCGUGGCAGCGGCGAUGCGGUUAUCGCAUUUCAACCUUCUAUACUGUGGGAACUUUUAGACAAUAGCCUCCUUCCAACAACUCCAAAUAAGUCAAACUCUCCGAAUCCCAAUAGCAAUGGGAAAGCUUCCGCCGAUAUCACCUUGAGUGUCACGACGCACAUUUUGCAGCCUCUGCACGAGGGGGAAAGUCAGUCUGCUUCUACAGCCACGGCCAGCUCAGUUGCUCCAACGAUCCCGGGUGACGAUGCCUGCUUCGACGAUUUCUUCUCGCAGCACUUAUUCACAGAGAUGAAUUGGUCAUCAGACCUGGAGGCGCAGGAACAGAUUUCUUGGCAAACUCGUGGGAAUGCGAAGGGCCUCUAG